GUGCCACGGGCUGUAAUGGUGGACUUGGAACCAACUGUAGUAGACGAAGUGCGGGCUGGUGCCUUCCGGGAACUUUUUCAUCCAGAACAGCUGAUCACUGGAAAGGAAGAUGCAGCUAAUAACUAUGCCCGUGGCCACUACACCAUUGGCAAAGAAAGCAUUGACAUGGUGCUGGAUCGCGUCCGUAAGCUGACUGAUGCCUGCUCUGGUCUGCAAGGAUUCCUGAUCUUCCACAGCUUUGGUGGGGGAACUGGCUCUGGCUUUACCUCCUUACUGAUGGAACGCCUCUCUGUGGAUUACGGAAAGAAGUCGAAACUGGAAUUUGCCAUCUACCCGGCCCCUCAGGUCUCCACUGCUGUGGUGGAGCCCUACAAUUCCAUCCUGACCACACACACCACCCUGGAGCAUUCAGACUGUGCCUUCAUGGUGGAUAACGAGGCCAUUUAUGACAUCUGCCGCCGGAACCUGGACAUAGAGCGCCCCACUUACACCAACCUGAACCGCCUCAUCAGCCAGAUUGUCUCCUCCAUCACCGCCUCGCUGCGCUUUGACGGGGCCCUCAAUGUGGAUCUGACGGAGUUCCAGACAAACCUGGUGCCCUACCCACGCAUCCACUUCCCCUUGGUGACCUAUGCCCCCAUUAUCUCCUCUGACAGAGUGUACCACGAGCAGCUCUCGGUGGCUGAGAUCACCAGCUCCUGCUUUGAGCCCAACAACCAGAUGGUGAAGUGUGACCCCAGACAUGGGAAGUACAUGGCCUGCUGCAUGCUUUACCGCGGUGAUGUGGUUCCCAAAGAUGUCAACGUAGCAAUUGCUGCCAUCAAGACCAAGAGAACUAUCCAGUUUGUUGACUGGUGUCCAACAGGCUUCAAGGUUGGAAUCAACUAUCAGCCUCCAACAGUAGUUCCUGGUGGAGACCUGGCCCCAGUUCAGCGAGCGGUCUGCAUGCUGAGCAACACCACAGCCAUUGCAGAGGCUUGGGCAAGGCUUGACCACAAGUUUGAUCUGAUGUAUGCCAAGAGAGCUUUUGUUCACUGGUACGUGGGUGAAGGUAUGGAGGAGGGAGAAUUCGCAGAGGCCCGAGAGGACCUAGCUGCCCUGGAGAAAGACUAUGAAGAAGUGGGAACUGAUUCUUUUGAAGAAAAUGAUGGGGAAUAAUUUGAAAAUACAC